AAAGAGAGAGACAGACAGAGAGAGAGAGAGAGAGAGAGAGAGAGAGAGAGAGAGAGAGGGAGGGGGCCAAAGUCGACUCGAGUUUCUGCCUUCAGUAUCAAAGCGGGGCCAAAGCGCAGCGCGAAGAGAGCAGCAGCACGAGCCCAACUUUCCAGCAGCCCGUGAGGAACUGUACUGCACUGAGGCGUCCGUCUGUAGUUUUUUUCGUGUUGCUUUUCUUUUUGUUUACUCUCCUGCCAUGGCUGACGUGAACGAGUCCUCCUCGUCGGACGUUGCCAAUCGCUUCGCGCGGAAAGGCGCGCUCAGGCAGAAGAACGUGCACGAAGUGAAGAACCACAAGUUCAUCGCCAGGUUCUUCAAGCAGCCCACCUUCUGCAGCCACUGCACCGACUUCAUCUGGGGCUUUGGAAAGCAGGGAUUCCAAUGCCAAGUGUGCUGUUUUGUGGUCCAUAAGCGCUGCCAUGAGUUUGUCACAUUCUGCUGCCCUGGAGCAGAUAAAGGACCGGACACAGAUGACCCUCGGAGCAAGCAUAAAUUUAAAAUCCACACCUAUGGCAGCCCGACCUUUUGCGAUCACUGUGGCUCCCUGCUGUACGGCCUCAUCCACCAGGGCAUGAAAUGUGACACCUGUGAUAUGAACGUCCAUAAGCAGUGUGUGCUGAAUGUGCCAAGCCUGUGUGGAACGGACCACACUGAGCGGCGAGGACGACUCUUCCUGAAGAUCGAAGUGAGCGGAGAUGAGCUGCACGUUACGGUGGGCGAAGCCAGGAACCUGAUCCCGAUGGACCCUAAUGGCCUGUCUGACCCGUAUGUGAAGCUGAAGCUCAUCCCUGACCCCAAAAAUGAGACCAAGAAGAAGACCAGAACCAUUCGCUCCUCCCUAAACCCCACCUGGAAUGAGUCAUUCACAUUUAAGCUGAAGCCCUCAGAUAAGGACCGCAGGCUCUCUGUGGAGGUUUGGGAUUGGGACAGAACCACCAGGAACGACUUCAUGGGUUCCAUGUCCUUCGGAGUGUCAGAGCUAAUGAAAUCUGCAGCAUGUGGAUGGUACAAGAUGCUGAACCAGGAAGAGGGCGAGUAUUACAGCGUGCCGAUCCCAGAAGAGAAUGACGGGAAUGUGGAGCUCAGGCAGAAGUUUGAGAAAGCCAAGCUGGGCCCUGGUAAGAAGGCCAUCACCCCUCUGGAUGACGACAGGUCCAGCCUACCCUCCUGUAACCUGGACCAGGUCAAGCUCUCUGACUUUAACUUCCUGGCUGUUUUGGGGAAAGGAAGCUUUGGAAAGGUGAUGUUAGCGGAGAUGAAGACCUCAGAGGAGCUGUACGCUAUAAAGAUCCUGAAGAAGGAUGUGGUGAUUCAGGAUGAUGAUGUGGAGUGCACCAUGGUGGAGAAGAGGGUGCUGGCCCAGCAAGACAAACCCCCGUUCCUCACCCAGCUUCACUCCUGCUUCCAGACUGUGGAUCGUCUGUAUUUUGUGAUGGAGUAUGUGAAUGGAGGUGACCUCAUGUAUCACAUUCAGCAAGUGGGCAAGUUUAAAGAACCCCAGGCCGUGUUUUAUGCAGCAGAGAUCGCUGUGGGCCUGUUCUUCCUGCACCGGAAAGGAGUCAUAUACAGGGAUCUGAAGCUGGACAACGUAAUGCUGGACGCUGAAGGUCACAUCAAAAUCGCGGAUUUCGGAAUGUGUAAGGAGAACAUACAUGAAGGCGUCACGACACGCACCUUCUGCGGGACACCCGACUACAUCGCCCCAGAGAUCAUAGCGUACCAGCCAUACGGGCGCUCUGUGGACUGGUGGGCAUAUGGUGUACUGCUGUACGAGAUGCUGGCUGGACAGCCACCGUUUGAUGGCGAAGAUGAGGAUGAGCUGUUCCAGUCCAUCAUGGAGCACAACGUGUCCUACCCCAAAGCCUUGUCCAAAGAGGCUGUGUCUGUCUGUAAAGGGCUCAUGACGAAGCACCCUACAAAGCGGCUGGGCUGUGGUCUGGAGGGUGAGCGGGACAUUCGGGAGCAUGCGUUCUUCCGUCGGAUUGACUGGGAACGCCUGGAGAACAGAGAGAUACAGCCUCCAUUCAAACCAAAAGUGUGUGGAAAAGGGGCGGAGAACUUCGAUAAGUUCUUCACGCGUACGCAGCCUCAGCUGACCCCUCCAGACGAGCUCGUCAUCGCCAACAUCGACCAGUCUGAGUUCGCCGGCUUCUCCUUCAUCAACCCGCAGUUCGUCCACCCCUCCCUCACCAACACCGUAUGAAGGAGGGACGAGGCAGACGCAGGAGUAACUCUACCUACACAACCCCAAACGCCUCAUCUUAGCGUUGUCCCCAAACUCCUAAUCCAAGCCUCUCUUAACUCCAAGAAUCUUCUCUUCUGUUGUAGAUUUUCACAAGAUUUCUUCUUCUGUCCAUUGUUUCAAUUUUAGGCCAGUCAAAGAGUUUACCUUAAUGAUGUCCAAAAAAAAAGAAAAAGAAAAAAAAAAGAAAUAGCUCUGUCUGAUAUGGGUGUUUACAGUACAAACCAACCAUGUAAUCUUGUCUAGAAAGGAUUUAGCUCCAGGCACUAAAUCGUAAGCCAUGUUUGCUCUUGGACGCCAUCUUGGCUGAAGCUGCUGGGCUUUGACUAAGCAAGAUCUCACCGCCUGCUGUCUCCUCACAACGGUUGCCAUGAAAGCCCAUAACAGAUGCAGAAACCUGUGCUUCCUGGAGUUUAUAAUGUAUUCCAUGGCAGUCUUCCCAAUCAGGAGGCACAUAGCGGGUCAGGAAGCAGCAGGCCAGCCUUCUAUUUGAAUAUUUUGUUGUUGAUUUUGCGAUCUUUUGACGUCCCAGGGCCACUUUGAUGAAAUCUGCCUGCAGAGAAUCCCUGUAUAGGCGGAAGUUUUAGACUUGCAGCUGAAGGCAGAUGCUUUCUGUACCAAGAGCCUAGAUUUCUGUACCAUCAGAUAAGUCCUGGUCUUGUGGUUACCAACAUGUUCAAUGUAAAAUCACCAACAACAGUGAUUAAUCAGUUAGCAAAGUACCAUGGCUAAUCUGCAUUCUGACUGGUCUGUUUGCAUGCCAAGGCCAAGAAACCAUAAGCUAAGUUUGUGUUUAGCCAGUGCUAGCUUUAGAAUUUUCAUCUUUUGGUAGAAAUCCCUUCACUUGGCACCUUCAAAUGAAGUCAAGCAUAUCAGUACAGCUUACCAAUUGCUAACAAAGACGAUUUUCUAUCACAUAGUCGAGCAGAAAGUCAGUCUUUUGCUGAGCAAACAUGUCUAAUUAGCAGAUGAGAUAGCUGAACAACAUGGCAAUAUUCAUACCUUUGGUGAUGUCCUGCUUGCUUUUAUGCAUCUCUGUGCCACACCCAUGGAAAGCAUUUCUUCAUUUUAAUGCAACAUUCAUUGUCUUCUUGUAUUUCCAUGCAGUCACUGAAAAGGAUGUUUGCAUGCUAUCAUUGCUAACUCUGCUAAUGCUGCUUGGUCUGCAAAUGCUAAUGCAAAUUCAUUUCAAAAACAUUUCAUGUUGCUUUUUGCUUGUAGAGUUUAAAAUGAAGAGUUUAAAACUAAAACAUUUUCAAUGAGAAACAUCUAAAAAUGUUGACUAAGUCUUACAUCUGGCUAAAUAGAAAGAAAGCAGUGCCAGUUUUCUCCCUUUCACUUAUUUUUUUUUUUUUUUACCAAACAGCAGGUUCACUUUCCAUGGGGGCUUUGAAAUACACAACGAAAUUGAUUUUAUAGGUGAGAAUUAUCUAAUGAAUUAAGGUGAAAUGAAGUGUUUGCAUAUCUGUCAUGCACAUGUGAUGUCGCAUGUUGUUGAAUUCAAAUAACGCCAUGUUAAAGAGUAUUAUGUUGUUGGAUGAUGGUUAUAUAUGUGCUAGUUGCCGAAAUGACAUUUUUACUGUUUUAGAUUUUAUUCCUUCUCACGUUUUUUUCUGAUCUACCAUCAAUCUUUCAUUGUAAUCUUGCAGCGUAUUAACAAUUUUGUAAAUAUUCAUAGGUUAUUUAAGAAAGAGAGCAAGUUGACAUUUUUCUAACAACUGAAUGUGCUUUUAUGACAUAUAGCUGAGAAUAAGGAGCCUAAAAAGUCUACUUGUCAAGUUACAGUCUUUACACACGUUGAAUCAGCUGAAAUUAUCAAACGUGUUUCGCAUUGUUUUGAUAACUUUUUCAAUCUGGUUUUAUUUUAAAUAUUUUCUUGCUGAUUAAAUUCUUAGUGCUAAUAUACAUGUUUAAACUGUUGAAGUGUCUGUAAUUACAGGUCGUUUCUAUGUGCUAUGGUUCACAUCACAGCUACACCCUCAUUAAAAUGUUACAUUAGUAAUCAGCAUAAUAUUAAUUGGAACUGUGUUUACUGUGUUUACAUAUCUGGUACAGGCUGCAAUUUAGGAGCUGAUUGGAUGCUGUGGUUGUAAAGUAGGAGCUGAUUGGCUGCCUUGCCUUGGCUCUCCUGGCCUGCAUGUUGUUAUUUAGGUGAAAAUCAUGCACAUAGGGGAAAAGAAAUAUAUGCAUAUAUAUAAUAUUCAGCAUGCAUGAAAAUAAAGAAUUAAAGCAUUCCAAGAUUUUAAAGCAUGGACUUAAUGUGGCAAAAAUCAUUUUAAAAAUCUAGACAAACUUUCUUUUUUAAAUAUUUGAUUGCGUUAUGAUUUUUUUUCUGUCUUUUCUUCAGUCAGAACUGCCAGGCUUUCAGGAAUUCGUCAUUUGGAAUUUUUGAUCCAUAUCGUAUUUUAGAAUGUUUAAUUCCACUGGUAGAAUAGAACCAGAAACUGGACAAUCUACUUGAUUUGAUUAUCUAAACUGGGUACCAGCUUCAGCAUCAUAGUGCAAUUUUUUUUUAUUAUUUUGCUUUGCUUGCCAUGUCAUCUACUCGACCAUCAGUUUCAGUUCAUCAAUACACAAUCUACUCUUUUCUAUUCAUUUAACAUGUAAACAGUCUUCUGUCGACACAUUUAACCCCUUAAACCUGAGGCUUUUUAUAGAACACCAGAGAGAGUGUGUUAUCGCGAAAUAACAUCACCACUGUGAUUUGGUUGCAGGCACAAGCUGAAGGGGAUAACACAUGGCCUCAAGUGUUCUAUUGCUUAAAUACAACAGUUAAAUAAAUAAAGUAAGAAAUAAAUAAACUGGGCCGUGAACAUGGCGUUUAAUAUGUUUUAAUGUUAGCAAUUCCUUCCGCCAAGUUAUAUUUCUUUAAAUAUAAAAGUAAAACCGUUCAAAUGGCUUGAGCGUCUCCGACCUAUAAUACCUUAUACAGUUUAGAUCAAAAUGAAGCUUUGAAGAGUUACACAAUGAUCAAUCACAUGCUGUAUUUACCCAUUUAUAGUCAUUUCUGAACUUAUCUGCUUCACGAUUUGAUCACCACCUUUCAAAUACAAGGCAGUGGGUGUCUGUUUCCUUAUAAUUAAAUUCCCAAAUCACA